ACUUCCCAGCAGGCGUGCUGCGCUGCAUCCACCGGGACGCAGCCUCCGCAUAGGAAAAGGAGCGGCGGCCUCCUUUUUCCCGGGCGGUGCGGGCUCGGGUGGCGUCUGGCUGGCCGAGGGCCGGGAGGCUGCUGUGCAAGAUGAACGUGGUCUUUGCAGUGAAGCAGUACGUGGCCAAGAUGAUCGAGGACAGCGGGCCCGGCAUGAAGGUCCUGCUGAUGGACAAGGACACGACCAGCAUUGUGAGUGUGGUGUACACCCAGUCAGAAAUCUUGCAGAAGGAAGUUUACCUCUUUGAGCGCAUCGAUUCGGCCAACCGGGAGAACAUGAAGCACUUGAAAGCGAUUUGCUUCCUGCGGCCUACGAAGGAAAACGUGGAAUACCUUAUCCAGGAGCUGCGCAGGCCAAAAUACAGCAUCUAUUUCAUUUAUUUCAGCAAUGUCAUCAGCAAGAGUGACAUUAAGUCGCUGGCCGAGGCGGACGAGCAGGAAGUGGUCGCCGAAGUCCAGGAAUUCUACGGAGAUUUCAUUGCCGUGAACCCGCACGUGUUUUCCCUCAACCUCUUGGGCUCCUGCCAGGGCCACAGCUGGGAUCCCGCCCAGUUGUCGCGGGCAACCCAAGGGCUGACGUCCCUGCUGCUGUCUCUGAAGAAAUGCCCCAUGAUCCGCUACCAGCUCUCUUCCGAGACGGCCAAGAGGCUUGGGGAGUGUGUCAAGCAAAUGAUCACCAAAGAAUACGAACUCUUUGACUUCCGGCGUACUGAAGUCCCUCCGUUGCUGCUUCUCCUGGACCGUUCAGAUGAUGCCAUCACGCCCCUCCUGAACCAGUGGACGUACCAGGCCAUGGUCCACGAACUACUUGGGAUUAACAACAACCGGAUCGAUCUCUCGCGCGUCCCGGGCAUCAGCAAAGAUCUCCGGGAAGUGGUUUUGUCUGCCGAAAACGACGAGUUUUAUGCCAACAACAUGUACCUGAACUUCGCAGAGAUCGGCAGCAAUAUCAAGAACCUCAUGGAAGACUUCCAGCGGAGGAAGCCCAAGGAGCAGCAGAAGCUCGAAUCUAUUGCAGACAUGAAGGCCUUUGUGGAGAACUACCCCCAGUUCAAGAAGAUGUCCGGCACGGUCUCAAAGCACGUCACUGUGGUGGGGGAGCUUUCCCGGCUGGUCAGCGAGAGGAACCUUCUGGAGGUGUCCGAGGUUGAGCAGGAGCUGGCUUGCCAGAACGACCACUCCAGUGCUCUGCAGAACGUUCGGCGGCUCUUGCAGAACCCCAAAGUGAGCGAGCUGGAUGCCACCAGGCUGGUGAUGCUCUACGCCCUUCACUACGAGCGGCAUAGCAGCAACAGUCUCCCCACCCUCAUGGCGGACCUAAAGAGCAGGGGAGUUUCCGAGAGACAUCGCAAGCUGGUGUCUGCUGUUAUAGAAUACGGAGGGAAGCGAGUUCGAGGGAGUGACCUCUUCAGUCCCAAGGAUGCCGUUGCUAUCACCAAGCAGUUCCUCAAAGGGCUGAAGGGGGUGGAGAAUGUGUACACGCAGCACCAGCCGUUGUUGCACGAGACCCUCGACCAGCUCAUCAAGGGCAAGCUGAAGGACAACCAGUACCCCUACCUGGGGCCCAGCACCCUCCGCGACAGGCCGCAAGACAUCAUCGUGUUUAUUAUCGGAGGGGCGACCUACGAGGAAGCCCUGACGGUGUAUAAUCUGAAUCGCACCACGCCUGGAGUCCGAAUCGUGCUGGGCGGCACCAUCAUCCACAACACGAAAAGCUUCCUGGAAGAGGUUUCGGCGGCCGGUUUCCGUGGACGGGGCAUGGAGAGUUCUCAAGCGGCAGCCAGGGCAGCCAGCAGGCGAUGAGUCUUGGCCCUUCUCCAUCCACCCACCCCCCCUGCUCCGGCUCGGGACAAGAAGCGCCAUCACAGUCCAUGGACGCCGGGCGUCGCGCUUGUUGUUUCUUCCAUCACGACAUUCUUCAGGAUGGGGGGUGGGAAAGAGCAGCCAGAGGUGGGCAGGAAGUGCAGCUCUCCAGAUGUGUUUUCACAAGGGCCGCCUGUUGAUCUUUUCCGUGGGCCCCACUUCCUCGCUGUCUCUCUCCCCUCUGAGGCACCGAGCCCUCUGCCCCGUGUCACGUGGGGGUCUCCUCCCUCAAAAAAGCCCUUGUGUGAAUUCCAAUAAAGGCUCUUCUGAUUCUGUGGCA